UCUAACGUCCAAACGUUACACAAUCGUUAAUCCUAAUUAACCAUAUACAAAAGGCCACACCUUCUUCUGCUUAUUCCACUAUCUUCUUCUUCUUCUUCUUCUUCUGAGCUUUCUCCUGCAACAAAAUACUGGAACCUUCACAUUUCCAACAAUUUUUCCACCCUCUUCUUCCUUUCCAUUUUGCAAUUCUAAUUCAUUUCUCUAACUACUAUUUCUGGCUUUAACUUUUCAGAUUCAGAUGGAACCAGACAACAUUGACUGGGACAACAUCGAUUCUACGUUCGCCCUAGAUGACACGUACGAGAACUUUGACGCGCCUAUGUGGGUCGAUCUCUCUGCUUUUGAUGACUCUCUCGUUGAUGAUGAAGCCUGGUUCUGCACUCGCGAUUGCAAGCAUCCCAAAACCGCUGAAGAUUUUCUUAAACGCAGUUCCAAGGUUAAGCAUUCAAGAUUUGCAUCCUUUUCUGAAAUUCUCCCCUUCAGAGACAGACACCGAAGGGGAAAGUCUUCAUUUGUGGAAAGUGCUAAAGCAAAGUAUAGUGAAAGAUCUAGAAGACCAAGCUGUUCUGGAAAGCUUGAUGAAGACAGUGAGAAUAGGAAUCCAAACUUUACAGCUCCGCUACCCAGUGGAAGUAGGAGCAGCAAGUUAAAGAAGCCAUUGAUGAAGACGAAUGAUGCAAAUCCAAAUCCAAAACAGGUGAAUACUGUUCCAGAGGAGUGUCCUGUGAAAAGUCACCGAAAAAAUCAACUGAAGAGUACUUUCUCUGCACAAAAUUUGUUGGGUGGCCGAGAGAUUCUUAGUCAGAUCAGUGGGUUCUGCUCUGAAUUGAAGAGGCUGGCAAGAGGGGGGAAGAAAGGGACAACUGAGAAAGGUGGAAGUUCAAGUGGUGAGGUGUCAGAAGAGGUGAAGGAAAGUGUGGUACAAAAGGAAAGGGUACCUCUGUUUGUGGUCAACAACUCUUAAUAUUGAAGAUCAAGUAUUGAAGAUCAAGUAACCAAGCUUGAUCUGUUAUAUAGGAAUUUUUUUCAGCAUUUUUUUGGUAUUGAAAAGGUUAUAAUUGUAGCAUAGGAUUUGAAUUUCGUUUACGAUUCCAUUACAUACAAUUUUGACAGUGUAAAUGGUGCUUAGUUAAGCAUUUCAAAUUUUCAAUUGGAUUUUGAGAGUUAGUGUAAUAAA